AUGUUACUUGCUAGAAGAAACUCAAACCAAGUCACACAAAAAUACAAUAGCCAUGUUGAAACAGACUUCAAGACCUCCCAAAAACUAACCUCAACCUCCUCGACCCGCCCUUCAUCCUCCCACUCCAAAACCCACCUCAACUCCCGCACAAAAGCCGGCAUAAUAACCGCCUGCAUCAUAGUAUUCAUCCUCCUCUGUUUUCUCCUCCUCGAGCUCACAUAUUUUGGGCGCCAACGCCGUCUCGCGCGUGCGCGGCGCCAAGCCAACGCUGGCGGAGAUGUUGAGUUGGGUGUAGAGAGGAGAAACAAGGAGAAUGUGGUGUUGGAGAGUCGCGUGGAGAUUGUUGUUGAAGGAGAGACAGGAGAGGCAGGGGCGGCGAGAGGGUCGAGGGAGGCAAGGGAGGAGAGAGAGCAUGAAGAAGAAGAAGAAGAGGAUGAUGACAGUGAUGGGGAUGAGUGGGGUGGUGGAAGGAACGCGAGGACUGGAAUGAGUUUGUCGAGGCGGGAGGGGUAG